AUGGCUGCCACCGCAAAGGACCAUCUCGAUGUCGGCGGCAAGAUUGCCUGGUUGGCCAACCUCGACACGGCGUUCACCCCCGAGAAGAACUACCGUCGCUCUUCCAUCAUCUGCACCAUUGGCCCCAAGACCAACUCUGUUGAGGCCAUCAACAAGCUCCGCAAGGCUGGUCUCAACGUUGUCCGCAUGAACUUCUCUCACGGCAGCUACGAGUACCACCAGUCUGUCAUUGACAAUGCCCGCGCCGCCGAGAAGGCCCAGCCCGGCCGUCAGGUCGCCAUCGCCCUCGACACCAAGGGCCCCGAGAUCCGUACCGGUAACACCAAGAACGACGAGGAUAUCCCCCUUGCCGCCGGUACCAUCCUCAACAUCACCACAGAUGAGCAGUACGCCACUGCGUGCGACACCAAGAACAUGUAUGUCGACUACAAGAACAUCACCAAGGUCAUCGAGCCUGGCCGUAUCAUCUAUGUUGAUGACGGUGUCCUUGCCUUCGACGUUCUCUCCAUCAAGGACGACAAGACUGUCGAGGUCAAGGCCCGCAACAACGGCUUCAUCUCUUCCAAGAAGGGCGUCAACCUGCCCAACACUGAUGUCGAUCUCCCCGCUCUGUCCGAGAAGGACAAGAACGACCUGAAGUUCGGCGUCAAGAACAACGUCGACAUGGUCUUUGCCUCCUUCAUCCGCCGCGGCCAGGACAUCAAGGACAUUCGCGACAUUCUUGGCGAGGAGGGCAAGCACAUUCAGAUCAUUGCCAAGAUCGAGAACCGCCAGGGUCUCAACAACUUCCCCGAGAUUCUCGCCGAGACCGACGGUGUCAUGGUUGCCCGUGGCGAUCUCGGCAUUGAGAUUCCCGCCGCUGAGGUCUUCGCUGCCCAGAAGAAGCUGAUUGCCAUGUGCAACCAGGCCGGCAAGCCCGUCAUCUGCGCCACCCAGAUGCUCGAGUCUAUGAUCAAGAACCCCCGCCCCACUCGUGCUGAAAUCAGCGACGUCGGCAACGCCGUGACCGAUGGCGCCGACUGUGUUAUGCUGUCUGGCGAGACCGCCAAGGGUGCCUACCCCAACGAGGCUGUCAGCGAGAUGCACGAGGCCUGUCUCAAGGCGGAGAACACGAUUCCCUACGUUUCGCACUUUGAAGAGAUUUGCACUCUGGUUCGUCGUCCCGUCAGCGUUGUCGAGUCCUGCGCCAUGGCCGCCGUCCGCGCCUCUCUCGACCUCAACGCCGGUGCCAUCAUCGUCCUCUCCACCUCGGGUGACUCUGCGCGCCUCAUCUCCAAGUACCGUCCCGUGUGCCCCAUUCUCAUGGUCACCAGGAACGCCUCUUCCUCCCGCUACAGCCACUUGUACCGUGGUGUCUACCCCUUCCUGUUCCCCGAGUCCAAGCCCGACUUCAACAAGGUCAACUGGCAGGAGGAUGUCGACCGCCGUAUCAAGUGGGGCAUCAACCACGCCAUCGACCUCAACGUCCUCGGCAAGGACGAGACCGUCGUUGUCGUUCAGGGCUGGAAGGGUGGUCAGGGCAACACCAACACCCUGCGCAUUGUCAAGGCUGACCCCGAGCACCUUGGCCUCGGCGAGUUGUAA